CGCAGAACUGGUUGAGUCGCUCGGAGGGAGCUCGAGCUCUGAGGUCUGCGAUUGGAGGAGAAAGACCGAGUCCAAAAACUAUCAGCCAGGAAACGUCUCGGGUUUCAGGGGGGAGUGACAUUUCUUCAGGGGGUUGGAAGGAGAGAGAAAAAAUCUCUGUAAACCUGACAAAGCGUCUGAGAACAGCCAGUAUCCUCAGAGACUGCGCUCAUGUCACUGGAUGUGUAUUUUGGGAUGGAUGUUUUAUUCGGUGUUUGUUGCACUGUCGCAUCUCGUGUAGCUGAAGGCUGAUGCGCGUUUGCACGAGCCGUUUGGUGAAGCAACAGCAACUUGGUUUACGGACGAAAAAACAAAGUUUUUGGGACGCGUAGUUUUUUUCCUCUUGUGGAAGGAUUUACACAAACACGCACGGAUACUAUCGGUGGGUCGCUAUUGGCAUGCGAUCCUGUCGUUGGUGCCCCGUUGGAUUUGGGAAUAGGGAAUAGUUUAGGUCACAUUCCUGUCUGGAUUCGGCCCAUGAGCUCUCUGUUUAUAUGCGGAUCCUGAACUUCACUAUCAGCUCCUUCUCUCCCAGGUGAUCGGUGGGAAUUCCAGUGAGUGUCCGACUGUACAGCCUGCAGUUCAUGGUUGGGUGGAGCCCCUCAGAUGGGAUCCGUGUCCAGGGGGAGGCCGAGGAGGGGGGGAUGGGGAGACACGCCCGCUGCUGACGGGAUGUCCACCCGAGGGUGGCUUCUGGGUGCGCUCCUACUUUUGACCCUGGCAACGGCGUCCGUGGCAAGGCCAUCGCCAAAGAUCGCUGAAAAGGUGGAGACUAAAAGUGAACGUGAAGAGCCUCCAACCAAAAACCAAAACUCUAAGCCCACCCUGUGCUCGGUGCACCCGGGUGAACUGCUCAAGCUCAACUGCCCGCUGCCCGAGGCGGCCGCCAUCGUCUGGACCAAAGACGGCUCCUCGCUGGGCCCUGACAACCGCACACUCAUAGAUCAGGAGUGGCUACAGAUCCGCGAUGCCACCCCUAAGGACUCGGGCCUGUAUGCGUGCAGUACCGCGGGCUCGCAGGCCGGCGGCAUGCUUUGCUUCAUCGUAAACGUUACAGAUGCCAUCUCAUCCGGUGACGAUGAGGACGACACGGAGCGAUCGGACGAUGUCGGGGUGGACGGUGAACAAAUGCUGGCACCAUAUUGGACCUCGCCGGAUAAGAUGGAGAAGAAGCUGCACGCCGUCCCCGCGGCCAACACUGUGAAGUUUCGGUGCGCGGCGGCGGGAAAUCCCAAGCCUGAAAUGCGCUGGCUGAAAAACGGAAAACCCUUCAAACAGGAGGAUCGCAUGGGUGGUUACAAGCUCCGACUCCAGCACUGGACUCUAAUCAUGGAGAGCGUCGUUCCCUCUGAUAAAGGAAACUACACCUGCAUGUUGGAGAACGCCUACGGAUCCAUCAAUCACACCUACACGCUGGAUGUAGUAGAACGCUCUCCUCACCGGCCCAUUCUUCAGGCAGGCCUGCCGGCCAACGUCACUGUGCAAGUCGGAGAGGACGCUAAGUUCGUCUGUAAAGUUUACAGUGAUGCUCAACCUCACAUCCAGUGGCUGCAGCACAUUAUGAAGAACGGCAGCCGUUACGGUCCUGAUGGGCUCCCGUACGUCAGGGUGUUGAAGCGCUCGGGCAUAAACAGCUCGGAUGUGGAAGUGCUCGUGCUCACCAACGUCACGGAAGAGGACUCUGGUGAAUAUACGUGCCAAGUGUCCAAUUAUAUCGGUCAGGUCAGCCAGUCCGGUUGGCUCACUGUCCUACCAGACGGCAGGUGUGAACACUACGGACAAAGAGAUCGAGCCGAGCCAGACGCCAUCGAGACGGACUACCCUCCGGACUAUGUGGAGAUCGCCAUCUACUGCAUAGGUGUCUUUCUCAUCGCCUGUAUGGUGGUGAUCGUGGUGGUUUGUCGAAUGAGGACUUCGGCUAAGAAGCCUGAUUUCGGGAGUCAGCCGGCAGUGCAUAAGCUGACCAAACAGAUCCCUCUGCGCCGCCAGGUAACAGUGUCGUCUAAUUCCAGCUCCUCCAUGAGCUCUAGCACGCCAUUGGUCAGGAUCACCACUCGCCGUAGCUCCGCCCACGACGACCCCAUUCCAGAAUACGACCUCCCUGAGGACCCGCGUUGGGAGUUCUCCAGAGACAAGUUAACUCUUGGUAAACCGCUUGGCGAGGGCUGCUUUGGGCAGGUUGUGAUGGCUGAAGCUCUGGGCAUCGACAAGGACAAACCUAAAGAGGCCGUGACUGUGGCUGUCAAGAUGCUGAAAGAUGAUGCAACAGAGAAAGAUCUUUCUGACCUGGUGUCAGAGAUGGAGAUGAUGAAGAUGAUUGGCCGACACAAGAACAUCAUCAAUCUGUUGGGAGCGUGCACACAGGAUGGUCCGUUAUAUGUCAUAGUAGAGUAUGCAUCUAAGGGAAACCUUCGGGAGUAUUUGAGGGCCCGGCGGCCCCCAGGAAUGGAGUACUCGUACGAUAUAGCCCGAGUAUCAGAUGAGCCUCUCACCUUCAAAGAUCUGGUGUCCUGCACUUAUCAAGUAGCCCGUGGCAUGGAGUAUUUAGCCUCACAGAAGUGUAUACACAGGGAUCUGGCUGCCAGGAAUGUGUUGGUCACGGAAAGCAACUUUAUGAAGAUUGCAGACUUUGGCCUGGCCAGAGACGUCCACAACAUAGAUUACUAUAAAAAGACCACAAAUGGUCGUCUGCCGGUGAAAUGGAUGGCUCCAGAGGCGCUAUUCGACCGAGUCUAUACGCACCAGAGCGAUGUGUAA